AGCUGACAGCUGUUGUUAACCUGUGUUAUUAAUUGUUUACAUCACGGGUGUUAUACUGAUAAAACCAAGUAGUAGUGACUACUGACUAGUGAUUUCAAAUAAUUAAGAGUGCAUAAUCGGAAUUUGAUAAAAUACACUUUCUGCAAAAGCAUUCUAUUGAUUUUCCAAUGAUCAACUAUCCUGCUAAAUUUAGAAAGUUGUUUUAAUGGUAUAUUAAAGUCUUCUAAUAUGAUUAUCAUGUGUUCCAGCAAAGGUCCUAUCAGCAACUUAAAUGGUAAACCGUCACCAGAUAUGAAGAGAACCACAAAACGGGAGAGAAAUAGAUAUGGAGAUGGCAGUGAAGGACCUCCAGCUAAGAGGAUACAAGUUGGCUUUACUAUUAAUUACCAAGUGUUAACUAGAGCAGCGGAAUCUGUGUCAUCAGGUGCGAAGUCACCUGUAUCAGCCCUCAAUGAGCUGGGUAUCAAAGUAACAUACACUGUGCUCGACUAUAGAGGCCCGCCGCACUGUCCCAGCUUUACUGUGGCAGUUACUGCGGCUGAUAUGACAUUUAAAGGCCACGGCACAAGCAAGCGCGACGCAAGAGCCAAUGCGGCAAAGGUCUGUCUUAAUACACUGUUGGCGAAUGCCGGACAGAUAAUGCCGAAAAAUAAUGACAUUGAUUUUAGCAAUGAUCAAGUUGUACACGCAGCUGUGCCAAAAUUCCAACUCCCACUAAAGCCCAGCCAAGUUGAGGAGUCAAGCGUUUUGCAGGAGACACUAGUACCAUUGCCGGUUAAAGAAACCCGUGAUGUGAAUGAACCACCCCCAUUGUUCACACCAGUAUACAGUCUCCCAUCACACAAAAGUCCCGUAAAUGUUGUGUAUGAGACAUUCCCAGGAGUUGUAUUUAGUACAACUCUAGGUGAUGGUUCACCACUGGAUUCGGAGACUGUUCCAGCACAAAUAAGUCAUAGCAUGCGUUUCAAGACAGUCUGUAAGAUCAAAGAGCAAAUUUUCGAAGGAUAUGGUUCUAGUAAAAAGCAAUCUAAGCUGGCAGCUUCGAGAUCAGCGUUGGCCAGUCUCCUGGGAACACCGACGGAGCAAAUCACAACGCCCACCACAUAUUGCAAUACGCUCCCACAAUAUAUCGCCGAUCAUGUUUCUAAAUUGAUAAAUGAGAAAUUCACCGAACUUAUGCGGAAUGAUCCGGUGCAUUCCAAGCGAAAAGUCUUGGCUGGAAUUGUCAUGACCGUAGGGGAGGGUAUCGAGAAGUCGAAGAUUAUAGCAGUAUCUACCGGGACUAAAUGUGUUUCGGGCGAAUAUAUGUCGGUCAGUGGAAGAGCUGUCAACGAUUGCCACGCUGAGGUGGCCGCGCGGCGUUGUCUACAGCGAUAUCUGUAUAAUCAAUUGUUGAUGUACGCAAGUUCUAAAAAUCCCCGAAUGCCAAUAGAGGAAUCUGAUCUAGAACCUUUGCCGGAAGGUGGAUAUAGAUUAAAAGAGAAUAGACAACUCCAUUUAUAUAUAAGUACAGCGCCGUGUGGUGAUGGAAGGAUAUUCAGCCCUCAUGAGACGCAGACGGAACGGGAUAAACAUCCUAACAGAUUCUCUCGAGGGCAGCUUCGUAGCAAGAUAGAGUCCGGUGAAGGGACAAUACCGGUAAAGAAGUCUGCGUUCAUACAAACUUGGGAUGGAGUUUUACAGGGCGAGCGUCUCCUAACAAUGUCGUGCUCGGAUAAAGUGGCGCGCUGGUGUGUCACCGGCCUACAGGGGGCGCUUUUAUCGCAACUCAUCAAGCCUAUUUACCUCAAUUCAUUGGUGCUUGGGUCCUUGCUGCAUACGGAGCAUAUGUAUAGAGCACUCUGUGGACGUAUUGAAGGAUUCAUACAAGGAUUACCGGCGCCGUACCAUCUUGUUGCGCCGAAGUUAGCGCGCGCUGCAAGUACGGAGACUAGAUCGCCUGCGCGGGCGCCGUCUUUCUCUGUUUGCUGGUGUGCUAUUGCCCAGGCACCAGAAGUGGUGAACGCGGUAACGGGGAAACUGGAUAAUGAACUACCCUCACUUUUGUGUAAGCAAGCAAUGUUCGCGAGGUGGAUAUAUCUUACAAAACAACUUCUGCCUUUACCUCAGGGGAACGUUGUUGGGAGACCAUUGGUUCAAGAUCCGGAGAAGUUACUCUACGCUGAGGCAAAGCAGCUAUCGACUAGCUAUCAGAUGGCGAAACAGUGUCUGGUGACUGCGUUUGAGAAAGCUCAACUGGGAACGUGGGUGAAGAAACCAAUAGAACAGGAUCAAUUCUUAUGUGAGAUACAAGAGGCCAGUCCUCAAGUACUGUUCGCCUAGGCGGGUCACGAACCAUGUAUCACCACGCAGGGAAUCAAACCCGGGCUAAACACUCCAAAUAUUCACGCGUCUAAUCAUACAUUACCAUUUAAAGAGAUUUUAAAUAACAAUUCAAAGCGCAUACGCAACGUAGAUGAAAAUAACUCAAAUGAAAUUAACGAUAAAGAAAACGGGGGCUUAGAAUCAAAUACUAAAAUAAGUUCAAACGAUACUUUUAAUUUUAAAAGUAGAGAAUUUGAUCUAGAAAAUGGAAAACGUCAUAUUUAUAACGAAUUUGAAGUCAUAUUAAGUAUGUCUUUAUUAAAUUUUAACAACUAACGUUGUCAAACGCUUGAAAGAUUUCAAUAAUGACACCAGUUCGAAAUAAGGUUAUUCAAAUAGGAAAACAGUGAAUAAUUAGAUGUUGAUUUUAAUAUAAAAGGAUAUAAAAGAAAGACUAGGCUUUGAACCGAAACUGUUUUUGAUAAAAAAGAAUUUACUCAAGAAAAUUUUGAUCUCAAAUAUGGAGUAAGAAAGACUGACUAUAAAGAUUAUGAAAACUUUAGUAACGUAAUAGCAAAUCUAAAACAAUUUAGCGAUUUAAAAAAUGAUUGUAAUGAUAAUAAUAGAUAGCUACUUGAACCAGUAAUUAAAUAGUAAAGCAAACAUUGAUUCCUUAAAAAAAUCGGAUAUUUGCGAGUCUUUGAAUGCGAAAGAACUUAAUUGUAUCGAAAUAUCUGCAAUGGGGAAUGAAUACAAUAGAUUUAAGACUUGAAAAGUCGGAUAAAAUAAUGGUAACACUAUUUUUUUCUAAGUUGUUCAAAUUAGAAUUUAAAGAACUGAUCUCGUUAUUUUAGUUAUACGUAAGAAUGAUAACAAAACAACAUUUUUAAACUAUAGUUAAACUCUAAAUAGUUUCGAACAUAAGACCUGUAAAUCGAGUUUUAAUCGCAUUAAUAUUCAUUGACUGACGAAAGACGAAAUAAUAAGAAAAGAGAUAGAUAAUCUAGAGUAGAAAAAAUUUAGGUAUUCAAUAGUGGCUACACACCUUAUCUUAUAACAAUCUUUCAAUAAAACUACAACGCACUUUAGAAUACAUUUUUUAACUGUGGUACAUUUGCACAGUAUUUUGUUGUCUGUGGCAACUCACUAUCCGAUAAAGAAUCGCGGUAUUAGCCCAUAUUUGAAUGUCAAAUGUCACACAAUUUUUUUCUUUAAUAUUUGCCACUGCCCAACAAGAAACUUUUUGACGUCAGUGUCAAUGUAAAAAUAAAUUACUUGUCAAUCAUUUCUCAAAUGUGUUAAGUCCGGGUGUCACCAUAUAAUGCUGCGUGUUGGUAUUCAAGUUCGUGAUCAACUUAGCCGACAGUUGACAUUUCCAGAAUGUUGCCAGUAAGUAAAUAUUAUUGACAAUUAUUUAAAUUGCGUCCGUUCGCGCCAAUUUGAAUAUUGACAAUAAUAUUUUGUUUUAGCUACUUACAAAUGUUUUUAAUUGUAUUACGAUUAAUAAUUUUUCCGAUUUUUUAUUGUUAAGCUAGUUCAAGUAAUGGCGUGAUUUUUUUUAAAUUUAUAUGUUUUAUCUCUCUACAAAGCAAGGAAGAGGAAACUUUCUCGUAGUUUGUUAAUGCAUAUAAUGCCAAAGUAUUGUUAAAUAUAAUUUUUAUAUAAGUCUUCAUGUUUGGUUUAGUUUGGGUAAUAGUCAAAAGCUACAGUUAUUGUUUAAGAUUUAUCUUAAUGAAAAUGUGUGUCGUUUGUUUUAAAAAUAGCUUUUAAGAUUACACAGAGCAGUGUUGGCCUAGUGGCUUCAGCGACUCUCAUCCGUUAGGUCGUAGGUUCGAUCCCGGGCUGUGUACCGAUGGACUUUUUCCUAUGUGCGCAUUUAACAUUCGCACGUGAAGGAAAACAUCGUGAGGAAACCGGCUUGCCUUAGACCCAAAUAGUCGACGUGCGUCAGGUACAGAAGGCUGUUCACCUACUUGCCUAUUAGAUUAACAAAUUAUCAUGAUACAGAAAUUUGAGGCCCAGACCUAAAAACGCGCCAUUGAUUGAUUUUGAUAUAUUGCCGAUUGCAAGGCAUUUUUGUCUAGGGCACACGAGCACAAAACUGAUCUUGAUAAUAUUGAAAUUAUUUAAGAUAAAAACGUAAUUUUCUUUAUAAUAAUUGUUGUUAAUUUUUCGGAUCGCUAUCUGUGGAGGAUGCAUCACCAUGAUCAUUUUUUCAAUAUGACAAUUGACAUUUGGUAGUAGAGAAGAAAUCGUUUUACAAUAGUCGAAUGCUAUUACGUUAAGAAACUCAAACAUUUGUCAACGUCAAGUGUCAACUGUCAUUUGUCACCAAGCUGUUUUGAAGUAACGCGAUGCAUGGCCAUCUCUAUGUUUAGUCAACUUUUGUUUGUUUGAAUUGUUAUUAAAAUAAAAAUAUCCUAAUAAUUAUUUGCAAUGCAGCUAUAAUAUUUUUUUAUAAAUAAUACUGGAAUUCUAUGUAUUAUUCAUCACAUUGAACUCGGAUGAUAUUUCUAUUAUAGUAUUACUUAUAAACAAAUGUACGUCACGAUUCAAAGAAUUUCUACCAAAAUAAACACACCGCUUUGUCUCUAUCACUUUGAUGUUAUAUGAACGAGACAAAACACGCGUGGUAAAUUUUUACAUUUGACGACUUAAAUCUCCCCAAACAUAAGUCUAUGUAAUAAAUAUAAUUUUGCCUUUACACGCACAAUUUAAGUAUUGCUAGUCUAUUUUUUAUUAUUUCACUGUUGGUGGGUGAGUUCAUAGUUUGUGUAUUAUGUUGUGAUCAUAGUUUUAAGAAUAAAAUGUGAUUUUAUA